GUAUCUCUGUUUUGUGUGCCAUGGACUCAGCCCAGUAAUAUUGACAAUAGGGUGAAAAGAGAUUACCCCAAAUAAAACACUGUUUAAAGAAAAUUAACCUAAAGUACAGAGGUGUGGUGUAAACAAGUGAUUUCCUUCAUAACUAGGGAAUGUGAUUGACUCAGCUUAAUAUUUUUAUACAUCCGUAUUUUGUUAUUAAUGGGACUCGGAGGAUUAUUUCGUUAGAAGGUAAAAGGUGCUCGUGGGUUUGGCUGUCUAAUAAAGGCCAAGCUAGCCUUUUCUGGUGUUUUUUCCGCUACUUGCGAGAGGCUACUUGUACGGGAUUGGAAGCAUUUUAGUUUAAUAUCGUCUAAUACAGGAUAACUACUUGCCACCGUCUUCGUUUCGAACCACAGAGCCUCAGAGGAUCAAGCAGGGCUAUGUCCUCGGCAGCCACCACACCUCCAUCUGUGGACAAAGUGGACGGAUUUUCACGGAAGUCUGUCAGGAAGGCCAAGCAAAAGCGGUCGCAGAGUUCGUCCCAAUUCCGGUCUCAGGGCAAACCCAUCGAGCUCACGCCCCUGCCUCUGCUCAAGGACGUGCCGGCACCGGAGCAGCCGGAGCUGUUCCUGAAGAAGCUGCAGCAGUGCUGUACUGUGUUUGAUUUCAUGGACACGCUGUCUGACCUGAAGAUGAAGGAGUACAAGCGCUCCACGCUCAACGAGCUGGUGGACUAUGUCACUGUCAGCAGGGGCUACCUGACAGAACAGGCUUACCCGGAGGUGGUCAAAAUGGUGUCUUACAACAUAUUCCGGACCCUUCCACCCAGUGACAGUAAUGAGUUUGACCCAGAGGAGGAUGAACCCACACUGGAGGCCUCAUGGCCACACUUACAGCUGGUGUAUGAGUUCUUCAUACGAUUCUUGGAGAGUCAGGAAUUCCAGCCCAGCAUUGCCAAAAAGUACAUAGACCAGAAAUUUGUUCUACAGCUCUUGGAACUCUUUGACAGUGAGGACCCUCGGGAGAGAGACUACCUGAAAACAGUCUUGCACAGAAUCUAUGGGAAAUUCCUGGGGCUGAGGGCUUUUAUACGAAAACAGAUCAAUAAUAUUUUUCUACGUUUUGUUUAUGAGACUGAGCAUUUCAACGGGGUUGCUGAGUUGCUGGAGAUCUUGGGAAGCAUAAUCAAUGGUUUUGCUCUGCCGCUCAAAGCAGAGCAUAAACAGUUCCUGGUCAAGGUGUUGAUCCCCCUCCACACUGUCAGGAGUCUGUCCCUCUUCCACGCACAGUUGGCGUAUUGCAUUGUACAGUUUCUAGAGAAAGACCCAGCGUUAACAGAACCAGUCAUCAGGGGAUUACUGAAGUUCUGGCCAAAAACCUGCAGUCAAAAAGAGGUGAUGUACCUGGGGGAGCUAGAGGAGAUCCUAGACGUGAUCGAGCCGACACAGUUCGUCAAGAUCCAGGAGCCGCUCUUCAAACAGAUAUCCAGAUGUGUGUCCAGCCCACACUUCCAGGUGGCGGAGAGGGCCCUGUACUACUGGAACAAUGAGUACAUAAUGAGUCUGAUCGAGGAGAACUCCAGCGUCAUCCUGCCCAUCAUGUUCGCCAGCCUCUACAGGAUCUCCAAAGAGCACUGGAACCCGGCGAUAGUGGCGUUGGUGUACAACGUACUAAAAGCCUUCAUGGAGAUGAACAGUACCUUGUUUGAUGAACUCACAGCUACGUACAAGUCAGACCGCCAGCGUGAGAAGAAGAAAGAGAAGGAGAGGGAGGAGCUUUGGAAGAAGCUGGGGGACCUGGAGCUGAAGAGGGGCCUUAGGAGCGACGGGAUCAUUCCCACUUAACGAAGCGCCACACUCCCCUCCCAUCCAUGUCCACCAGAGCCGCGCCCUCUGGAACGACAUGGAGCAACCGUGUUUUUUAUUUUUUUUCUCCUUUUCUGUAUUGUGCGACUUACUUUACGGUAGAUUCACACGUCUGUUUCAUUAUUUCAACAUCACUGUAAAUAACUUUUUCUUUUUCCCUUAAACUGAUAUUACUGCGGAAAAAAAAAUUAUUAAAAAAAAGGAAGAAAAAAACAAGAAAAAGAACUUGUGUGGGGAAAAAAGACAUUGGACAGUAGGACUUGAAAUGAACUCUUCUUGGAAAAAAAUCUACAGCGAAAGAAAAGAUUGUUUUAACCUUGCCCUUUGAGAACCCCACUUCCCUGAAUACAAACCCGUUUUCCAUCUCUACAAACCCAUGCUCUUUCUCUCUUCCACUCUGUCUCCUGUGGUGCUUCUGUACCUCUCCCUGUGUGGGACGUCCUGACUGAGUGAGAUACUUGGGAGGCUCCGCCCUGACCAAGAGGACACCCCUUCCCUCCGUAAGGACCAGCCUCUGACCCCUCCUGACCUGCCUCUCUCCAUGCUCAAGCUAAGCUAGUAUUAUGGACCCAUUAGCCAUGAGGAAAUGAAUUGAACCCCCCCCCCCGUCUUUCUCGACCCUUCCUCCAAGAGACAAACAUGUUAAGAGCCUGUAUGUACAGGGAGUUAAAAGAAACGGUAAAGGGAAGGUCUUCAUACACACACUUACAUCCACCCUCUCGCACCAUUUUCUCCCCACUUCCACAUUUUGUUUCUGUUCACUUAUCUGUGUGCAUCUGGCUCCCCAAUGAUUGAUUGGUAUCUGUCAGUUCAGUUGUCUCUCUUUGGGUUUGUGGACUUUGACGCUGCAGUACCAGGCAGCCUGGUAUCAGUCUGGCACUGGUACCCUCCAGCCACACAGCAAAUACGAAAAAUGUAAAACGAUUGCGAGCUGUAGAGAAGCGCCAAACUCUCCUAUUGUGAAAAGGAGCAUCCGUCCCGGGUGUACUCUUCACAGUAUUACAAAAUUGUAUAUUGUUAUUAUAGGCAGUACACUGAUAUCUUGUAUCUUGUAGUAAUUUAGCAUAUAUUUUUGCUUCGGAACAGUCGAGGAGUAUCCAGUAUAUAAGAGGUAUUAUAAGAGGUAAGACUUACUGGUAUUUAUGAUAGUGUUUUCCCCUCUUUCUUUUUUCUCUUUUUGUUUCCUUCUUGGUUUUUAGCUCUCAUUUUGGAUUUUUUGAUUAAGCUUCUUUGACCAUCAGAUCUUAUUUUUUAGUUGUGGAGUGAGUGUGAGGGCAGGGCAGAGAGAGGGAAGGCAUGGAGCAGUUGAUAUCCUGUUCAAAUUUACAGUAAGUUCAGCAUUGUUGACCCCAUUGUUGACAGAAUUAACGUGUGCUUUAGGAUGGCCAAGAUAUAUGAUUAAAAUGAAGAAGAAAAAAAAAGGGUUGGAGAAAUACAAAUGUUUAAUUAUUUUAAAAAAUAAAGAGAUAUUAAAUUAAACCUGUUUUGUGAUAAAGCCCAGAUGCUGGAUUGCCUUAUUUUCAGACCAUAGACUGCUGUUUGUUUUGUGCCUGUGUUUGAUGGAGAGGUGAAAGGAUGAAUGAAGGGGUCUUGUGUUUUUGAUUGUUGCUGAGCUACUCUGAAAUGGUGCUGUGCAUUUCAUGACUAAUUGAUUGUGCUUGUUGUUGUCGCUUGGAUAGUCAAGCGACAGCUGUGAAGCGGCCUGCAGUCCACGAAGAGCGUCUCGAUAUCCUUUGAUAUGACGAAUGAUCGAUUAGAAGAGCUUGCUUAUUGUUUGUGUUUAAUUGACUUGUUCAACAACAAUUAGCAGAACAUAUACAUUUUGUUUUUCCAUUUUCAAAUAAAGAUAAUUUUACCUGA